CGCGCUGCGAGUCAGCUGGAGAAAGAAAAGCUCCCGCUGAAGCGACUGAUCUCCAUGUGACACUAUUAUAAAGAUGGCGUUUAUUAAAGAGGAGAGUGAAGAUGUGGAGAUUGAAGAAACAUUAGGAGUCCAACAUGAAGAUCCUGAUGAACAAACAGACCUGAUGCCUGUGAAAGAAGAAGAGAUUCAAGAGCUGAAUAUCAUCAAGGUGGAAAUCGAUCUGGAUGAGAAGCAUCAUGAAUUCAUGGCUGGAGAUAAAAGUAGUAUCUCCCAAACUGUAAAUACGUUUUCGGAAGAAGAAGGUGGAAGUACAUGUCAUAGUUCACACAGCAGUCAUUUCAACUUGCAAAAAAUUCACACCACAGAGAAGACUUUCAGCUGCCAACAGUGUGGAAAGACUUUCAAUAAAAAAGGAAACCUCAAAGUCCACAUGACGAUUCACACUGGAGAAAAGCCUUUCAGCUGCCAACAGUGUGGAAAGAGAUUCAAUCAACAAGGCAGCCUUAACGUCCACAUGAGAGUUCACACUGGAGAAAAACUAUUUACUUGCCAGCAGUGCGGAAAGAAUUUCAGUCAAAGGGGAAACCUUAUUAACCACAUGGUUGUUCACAACAGCGAGAAUACAUUCACCUGCCAGCAGUGUGGAAAAAACUUCAAUCGAAAAGGAAACCUCAAAGUCCACAUGAGAGUUCACACUGGAGAAAAGCCUUUCACCUGCCAACAGUGUGGAAUAAGGUUUGCCCAAAAAGGAGGUAUUGAUGAACACAUGAGACUUCACACUGGAGAGAAGACCUUCAUCUGCCCGGAGUGUGGAGUAAGUUUCACUCGAAAAGGAAACCUGAAAGUCCACAUGAGAAUUCACACCGGAGAAAACCCUUACACCUGCCAACAGUGUGGGAUGAGCUUCAUUUUGAAAGCGACCCUUAAAAGACACAUGCGAACGCAACAUGUAGAAAGCGUUUCACCUGCUAGUAGUGUGGAAAGACAUUCACCCAAUAAGGAAACCUUAGAAACCACAAUAAAUAUGGCGUUUAUUAAAGAGGAGAGUGAGGACGUGAAGAUUGAAGGUCUGAGGAUUGCAGAAGUGUUCACGCUGAAGCAUGAAGAUCCUGGGGAACAAACAGGCGUGAUGGCAGUGAAAAUGGAGACUGAAGUAAAGAAUGAAAUGGAAGAGAAAGAUCAAUAUAAGAAUCAUGAUCUUAUAACUGGUGAAAAAAUAUUUCGUUUACAACCUGACAAGGCUUCAUGGACAAAAGUUAAAAAGACCGCAAGUAGAAGUUACUUCAUCUGCCAACAGUGUGGAAAGAGUUUCAAGGAACUCGGCAAGCUUAAAGUCCACACAAGAAUUCACAAUGGAGAGAAGCCUUACACUUGUCAACAUUGCGGAAAGUGCUUCGAUAAAAAAGGAAACCUAACAGUACACAUGAGAAUUCACACCGGAGAGAAGCCUUACACUUGUCAACAUUGUGGAAAGAGUUUUAGUCAAAAAGUAUUUCUGACAGCCCACUUGAGAACUCACACUGGAGAAAAACUUUGCACCUGCCAACAGUGUGGGAAAAGUUUCAAUAUGCUUGGAGAUCUUAAAGUCCACAUGAGAAUUCACACAGGAGAGAAGCCUUACACUUGUCAACAUUGCGGAAAAUGUUUCAAUAAACAAGGAAACCUCACUAUACACUUGAGAAUUCACACAGGAGAGAAGCCUUACGCUUGUCAACAUUGCGGAAAAUGUUUCAAUAAAAAAGGAAACCUCACUGUACAUAUGAGAGUCCACACUGGAGAGAAGCCUUACACUUGUCAACAUUGUGAAAAUAGUUUCAGUCAAAAGGUAUUUCUGACGGCCCACUUGAGAACUCACACUGGAGAAAACCCUUACACCUGCCAACAGUGUGGAAAGUGUUUCAAGGCAUUUGGGAAGCUUAACGUCCACAUGAGAAUUCACACUGGAGAGAGGCCUUACUCUUGUCAACAUUGCGAAAAGAGAUUCAUUACAAAAGGAAACCUGUCAGUACAUAUGAAAACUCAUUCUGGAGAAAACACUUAGACCUGCCUACAGUGUGGAAAGAGUUUCAAGGCAUUUGGGAAGCUUAACGUCCACAUGAGAAUUCACACUGGAGAGAGGCCUUACUCUUGUCAACACUGCGAAAAGAGUUUCAUUACUAAAGGAAACCUGACCGUACAUAUGAGGACUCAUUCUGGAGAAAACCCUUAGACCUGCCUACGGUGUGGAAAGAGUUUCAAGGCAUUUGCAAAGCUUAAUGUCCACAUGAGAAUUCACACUGGAGGGAAGCCUUACUCUUGUCAACAUUGCGGAAAGAGUUCUAGACAAAGAAAUCCUCUAUUGUCACGGUUUGUUGUGGGGAAAAGGAGCGAGGACUCAAAUGCAGUAAAUAAUGGGUCUUUAUUAAUAAUAUAACACAAAGAGACAACACAAGCCAUGUGAGACUAGGACUAGACUACGCAGAACUCAUUAAGCACAUGUUCAUAUGACAACACAAGCACAACACUGAAGCACCGAACAAAAACACGCGGCCAAAAUGUAAACACCCAGCCGCGUACUUGGACAACACAAACAUAAACAGACACAAGACACGAGCACACGAUAAAUUAAAACACCUUACCGUGCGCUCACACAUGCAACGUGCAUGUUUCAUCUCAGCGGCAACCGAAACCCAAACCAACCAGACUGAGACGCUGAGAAUGAAACAGCGCGAUGCCGACAGAACAAAACACAAACACGAGUACAAGAGCGUGUGUCCCAAGCACGCACAGACCCCGCACGCCCGCAUCAAGCAGGAGCGCGCAUGGUAUGCGCACGCUCACGAUGGUGCCCAUACAGAGACACACACAAAGACAAAACGAGUGCUCGACCCGAGAAAACUCGAGCCGAGCACAACAGGACAGGACAAGACAGAGCUAGUGUGCAGACUCUGCCACCAAAACAAGAAUUUACAAGACUAGAGUGGCAGAACCCUGACAUCUAUGCUCAAGUUAGCAGUCUCAAAUUUAAGUUGUAAACUAUAUUGUAUCCUAAGAUUUGCAACUGAGAAAGAAAAUGCGUGUAUCUUCAGCAUUAUUGUGAUUCUAAAAGUGUAUAUCACUGCCAUCAUAAUGUUUGUACAUUUAAAAUAAAUGAAUA